AUGUCAAGGAGCAAGAACAGCACUUACUGGUUUAUCUCUGUUCCCGCCGAAGGGGAUAAGACUACAGUUUUUCAAAGUUUGAAGACAAAGUUAUCAGGCCCUUCCGCCGAUUUGGCUGAAGUGAGUCAGUUCAUAGUUCCGGAAUUUAAGAUAGGCACACUUGAUGCCCUCGUCGUUAUCUCUGAUGAACUGGUCAAAUAUGAUCAAUACUUUGAGUCAUCAGCCAUGAAAAUCGUAGAUGUUCUUCGUAGUCUGCUGAAGGGUGAUGUCGAACAAAUCGAGCCUAAUCUGUUGGUUAACGAAGUGAACAUUGAUCAAUACCUAAAGACCUUUCAAUGGGAUGCCAUGAAGUUUCGGGCGGAAAAAUCUCUGCAAGAGAUAGCGCAAACUCUUAAUAAGAAUGUCUCUGAUAUCGACACAGCGAUGAAGUCCAGGCUGGCCAGUUACAGUCAGGCAAAGACCAACCUACAGGUUUUGGAAAGAAAGCAAACGGGAAAUUUGUCCGUCCGAAAUUUGGCUGGUCUAGUUAAAAAAGAACACUUUGUUUUGGAUUCUGAAUACCUGGAAACUUUACUCGUCGCAGUUCCCAGGAACCAGUAUAAAGAGUGGAAUUCGAAAUACGAGACAUUGACUCAAAUGGUCGUACCACGUUCAUCUCAAAAAAUUACGGAGGAUGAUGAGUACGGUUUAUUCACGGUAACCCUUUUCAAAAGAAUUGCCGAAGAUUUUACCCACAAGUGUCGAGAAGAAAAGUUCGUUGCGAGGGAAUUUAAAUACGACGAAAAUGAAAUGAUCAAUCAACGUAGACAACUUGAAGAAGUUGGUGCUACCGAAAAGGAGUUAUGGACUUCGUUAUUGCGAUUUGCCAGCGCAAAUUUUGGUGAGGUCUUUUCCUCAUGGAUCCAUCUCAAAGCUUUGAGAGUCUACGUGGAAUCUGUCCUACGUUAUGGAUUGCCACCGGAUUUCAUGUCAGCAAUAAUAAAACCAAAACACAAGAUGGAGAAAAAAAUAAGAGAGAUACUAAACACACAGUACGGAAAACUUGGAGGGGUAAUGGCUAAACAAGCUAAUAAAGAGGAAAACAUUGAAGAGUUUCAAAGUCUCGUCGAGAAGGAUUAUUAUCC